AUGGGACUAUUCAUGACUGUAGAAAGAACCGAUGAUGUUUCAUAUGGGGAUAUGGUUAAGAAUUAUGAAGCGGAACCGUUUUACUAUUCAUUGAGAUUGUUCUCAGAAUCCGAAGAACUCCUAGACGAAGUCAAUCUCAAAAAGCGAUGGCAUCAUCCAUUGGUAGCUGAAAUCGAAGUAAAGCAAGGUGGAAUCUGGGGUGUUAUCUAUAAACCACCCGGUCCUGGACCCUUUCCAUGUAUUAUUGACACUCCGGUUGUAGAUGGAAGACUUUGUAAAACUCACGCACCGCUUUCUGCAUCGGAAGGAUUUUUGAGCUUUUGUUUCCCGAUGUUAGAUGAGCCUAGACUUCCGAAAACGCUCGAAGACGUUGAUAUUGAAUAUUUAUCAAAGCAUAUAAAAUACGUUCAAUCUCUUCCCUACUGUUCCGACAAUAUUGGUCUUUAUGGGAUUUCAUUUGCAGGACUUAUUGCUCAUCAUUUGGCUACCAAGCACCCAGAGCUUAAAGUAGUGGCAACUACAAAUGGUCCAGGAGCAGUGUUGUCCUCAAUAGACGAUUGGCUUGUUGAUGGUGUAACAAAUGGGGCUUAUAUUCGAGACAGUCUUCUCAAAACAGAGCAUAAAGUUGAAAUUGAAUUCGUGAAUUCUGGUCACGUGACGGUUAUUCCGUACAAUCCACACCACAAUUUUGGAUUCAACAAAUUUGUAAAUGUCAAUUUGGGCUUCGGCGGAGAGACAAGUACACACGGAAAAGUGUAG